UCGACAUGCCUAGUUUGCACAGCAUUUGAAUCAGUCGACAUCGUGAGCUUGUAAGAAACAGUUCAAAAAAUAUAUAUAUUGUUCAGUGAGCUCCCGAAAAAAAUCUCUAAAAAAUGCUAAAAAUAAUCAUAGAGAGAAAAUGUGGAAAGCCAGUGGAAUUCAGAAUGGCCUCUUAUUGGACUAUUUAUGACCUGAAAAAAAGGAUCGAUGAUCGACUAUCUAUGUCUGAGGGGCAAUGUGUCCUAAUAUCCUCGAAAGGCAAGGUAUUAGAUGGCGAUCUUAUUUUUGAGGCAGCAGGUCUGGAGAACUGUGAUCCCAAGAAGAAACCAAUGAUAACAUGUUUUCAAGGAGCUCAAAAAAUUGGAGCAUUGACUGUUAUUACUGAGGUUGAAACCGAGACUGACUCCUACGAAUCAUUUGAAAGUGUAGAGACGUGUCCAGACAGCCAAGAAGUGUCACUGAACAAAAGCGAUGAGAGCUUACAGGAUGCUUGCGGUAUGAUUAAAUGUGAUAAGAAGCCCAGAGCUCCAUCUGAAUUGGAUAAUCAAAUCACAAUGCAGCAGGAAAAAGGAACGCCACCUUUCGUAAGAAUUUUGCCCGAAAACAGGCAAUAUAUCAUCGUGGUUUCAUCCGAUUGCAAGGAAAGAAAUUAUUGCAAUUUGAUGCAAAUUUUUUUUCCACGCUUUGGGCUCUAUAGGAACGUGCGCUGCCUUAAGUUCAAUCCUGAAACUCCAGUCAUGGAAUUUGGUGGUCGGCUCUAUAUUGCAGCUGCCAAUGAGAAUACCAUGGAUUGGGUUUCGGAAAUUCUCUGCUCAAUCAAAGGUUACCAGGCGGUUGAUCUUAUAACAUAUUUACGCCUAUCACGAGCCAAAGUUGUUUGGCCAAACGUGCAGUCGUGUUUGGUUGAUGUGUUUAAGCUCCUUGAGAAACAGAACAAAGGCCUUAAAACUGAAAAAUGGGCCGUCGUUAAUAAAAAAAUAUUGGAUCCAUGUUCAGAAGAAAAUAUCACAAACAUCUGUCUAAAUCAUGAAGUUAUAUUAUGGAUAGACUGUGUUAGUGUAGAAUUGAUAAAGAGCAAGUGCUAUCAACUACACUACCAUUUCUGGAACAUCACAUUUGAAUUCUGUUCAUAGAUGUC